CACCACGGGCCGUUGUCAUGCACACUGCGCAGACCCCGCCUCUUUUCACAGUUGCUAUGAGACGGGUGUAAACAGAAAAGAGACCAGAAGGACGAAAGCAUGGCUUCGAGUUACUCCGCGAAUCAGUACGACAAUGCAUUCACAUCCCAGAAACUGCAGAACUGGACUUUACCCAGACAACACAAACAGCAUCCCUCAGCUCUGGGAGGCCACACCCAGUUCAUCACCAAUGAUCGAGGUCAUCUCCUGCCAGGCAUGAGGUCAAAGGACAGUUCAUGGAGCUCGUUCCUGGGUACCUGGGACCUGCCUCGUCGCAUCCCCCCUCCCCGGGUGAACUACACUGCCCGCUCUGCAGAGGGCGCACACAAGCUCCAGAAGCUGGUGCAGGAGGGGUCUGCAGCCUACCUACUGAGCAGAGACAAGAGAGGAGGGGGCACACCUGCAAAACCAGCGACACCAGUCCAACAAGCAGAACAGCUGCCCCAGGCCCCCCCAGUGUCUCCCAGUCCUCAGAAGACCACCCCGACUCCUAGACCCACCACCCAGGAGCAGGGAGGCUCUCCCCGGGCACACACAGCACCCGAGGCCCUGGCUUCGGAGAGGCCUGCUUCUGAAAAUAAAUGAACUAUUAACACAGUAAAUGAUGAUCACUUCAUAAGCGUGGGCUGAGCAAAUUUCUUUCACCUUGAUCUAAAGUCACAAUGCAUGAAAAAAAAAACAAUCAUAACUGUAAAAACAUUCUUUGGUGGUGAAUUUAUAUUUAUAUAAUUUUUUUAUUUAUAUAAAAAAUAUGAUAUCCACCCCACAUUUGAGGUAAGAAGUUGAAAAUCACCUUCUAUCACUCUCUCACACACCACCCUGGACUACAUUUUUAUAAGAUAUAGUUAAAUAAGAACAAUAAAACACACAGCUAAUUCCAAAGUGAAGUCAUUCCCAUCUGAGGGAAAUUUCAGAAGCAUCGCCUCCCUCCUCAUACUGUGUUCAAACUGUGAGAAAUGAUUUAUGUUAAGAGACACACCACACACAACAUGCAUUGAUUCUAAAUAGAAACACUAAGAUUAUACUCCUGCGAAUAAACAAAAGAGUUCUGUUAGCUUUAAAACUGUGCCCUAUGUUCUAUACACAAGAAAAGCUGUCCUGUAAUCUUGACAAAUCUAGAGCUGGUUUCAUAUUUGUAAUUAAGUUCUAAUAAUAGAAACCUUUAAUGACAAAUGUUUCUACUAGAAGUCUCUGUGUCUUCUGUGCUGAGAUGAGUUUUAAUUCACAUUGUUAUAUCUGGGUGAUGUGGACUCCACCACGUCAAUAUUAUAAAGUGUGAAGGAUCUCUUACUGGCGCAGUGUGUAAGAGACAGUAACCUUGCAGAGGUGUGAAUGGCGCUAGUUAGAGAAGGUAUUUUUUAAAGGAAGGCAUGGAAAAGCUAUUGGUGUUAUGCCCUGUACACACUGCCCAUUGCGAUCAAUAGCGACAUGAUUUUUCAAUCGCAUCGGGCAGUGUGUUGUGCGAUACGAUUUUACAGGAUCAGCCAAUUUAUUUCAGUCAGCUCGCAAUGUUUAAACAUGUAUUUUGUGAUGCGAUUCCCACCGUGUUCAGUCAUAUGCCUGUAUUCAUUUAUUAAUAACGUUUUAAGUAAAUAUUAAGUAUAAUAUAUAUUUUCAAUAUAAGCAUUUGGGUCACACAGUAUACCGUAUGUUCUCUUGUGUGAACAUACGGUAUGUAUGAUUUGGUAUAAUUUAAU